AUGAGGCUUGCUGAUGUUGCUGUAAGCGCGCUCGCUGCUGCUUCCCUGUCAAGCGCCUUUGAGCCCCCCAACUUCAAUGUGACCGAAGCACUAUCUGCGCGCGGAGUCAACAUCAAGGCUGUCCCCGGUUUGGCGGACUUGGUGGGGCAGUCUUCGCCCAAAGCCUGCUCGGUAGCUUGUAGUGCUCUCCAAAUUGCCUUUGGGAACAGCAGCGUGCUAUCGGAAGGAACUCCGACAUACGAUAACUUCACCAGCGAGUAUUGGGCCGCCCAGCAAGUCGCCGUCAAUCCUUUUUGUGUCUUCAAACCGGGAAAUGCGGUGCAGGUCUCGGCUGUCGUCUUGCUAUCUCGACUCACACAAUGUCCAUUUGCCGUAAAAGGAGGUGGUCAUGCUGCGUUUGCGGGUGGAUCGAGCAUUGAAGGCGGUAUCACGAUUGCACUGGAGAAGCUGAAUGAGAAGACGCUGUCGUCGGAUAAGAAGAUUGCAUCCAUUGGACCUGGAAAUAUUUGGGGUGAUGUCUACCCCUGGAUUGAGCAAUAUGGACUUGAAGUUCCAGGUGGGCGGAUUUCGUCGGUCGGCGUCUCUGGACUGACUCUCGGAGGGGGCAUCUCCCACUAUGCCAAUGCACGCGGAUGGGCCUGCGACAACGUCGAUUCGUUCGAUGUCGUCACUGCCUCGGCUAUCAUCGUAACCGCAAGUUCUACUGAAAACCCAGACCUUUACUGGGCUCUGCGAGGAGGCGGCAACAACUUUGGCAUUGUGACUAAACUCAACAUGAGGACGUUUGUGCAAGGUCCAAUGUGGGGAGGGCAACGCGCCCAUACUGAAGACCAGUGGGAUAAAGUCUACACGGCCUACUACAACUACGCGACAAAUGCUGGCAAAGACACCAAGCAAGCUCAGAUUGUCUCAUUUGCGCUCCAGAACGGGAUGAAGAUUGCAGCCGAGGACCUGGAAUAUUCCGAUCCCACCCCAUGGCCACCCGUCUUCGAUGAAUGGAAAGCUAUCCCAGCCAUAUUCGAUCAAACCGCUGUUGCCAACAUGUCGACUUUGGCGAAAACACUAGGCGCCGGAGCUCCGAAUGGUAUCCAAGAAACGUACUGGGAUCGCACCUUCAAGGUCGACAAGGACAUAUUCAAGUCCUUCAUCGACAUCUUUUUCGACAUGCUUCCCGUGAUUGAAGACGCUGCGGGAAUCCUACCUGUUCUCUCAUUCCAAGCAAUUACAGUUCCGGCUAUGCAACAAAUGCAACAGGACGGUGGAAACGCACUCGGCCUCAACCCUGAUGACGGCCCAAUUUUUAUCGCCAACCUUGCCAUUAUGUGGACGAACGUCGCGGACAACAAGCGCAUCAUGUCUUUUAGCAACAGUUUGUACAAACGUCUCGUCGAAGAAGCAGCGAAGAAAGAUCUCAAUAGCGAUUACAUCUACAUGAACUAUGCGUCGCCAUAUCAAGAUGUUAUUGGCAGCUAUGGAGCUGCGAAUAAGCAGAAGUUAAAGGACAUUGCUAACAAGUACGAUCCCACAGGCGUAUUCCAGAAGCUGCAGCCUGGAUACUUCAAACUUGAGGGCACUCCGUAUGGCACAUUUUCUGCAUAG